AUGUAAAUAUGUUAGACACUCAGAAGUUGCAUCAACUUUCAUAAAUUAGUCUAAGAACUCUGUGAUUAAGGUGAAAUCAAUUUCAAAGAGAAAAAUAGACUUAAAUCAGAAUUCAACUCAAAUAAUGAAGAAUUAUUAUAUUUGAUCGAAGGUACUAUGAUCUAUAAUAAAUAGAUAUGGACAACUAAAAUUUUAGAUAACAUCUAAUAGAUUAUGUGAAAGCCAAACAUUAAGUAUUAAAAAUAGCCAAUUCUCCUGGAAUUAGGAGAAAAUCUUUACUUUCUGAAUCUAGUCCUUUAAUUGGUAGAAGAAGCGUAUUCUCAAAGGAAAGCAAAGUAACUGAAGAGGAAUUAUUAAAUUACAUAAAAUAACUUAGAGAGGCCUUAGUAGAAGUGUACCAAUCAAGAUCGAAUGCAUUAACAUUAUUGGUGUAAGACAAUCUUAAGUCUUUGACAUAAUUUAUUAGUAAAUUACCUACUAAGAGUCCCUAACCAUCAUUAAUAUUAUUAUAAGAAACAAAUAUUGCUGAUGAUAUUGAGUGUUACUAUAAAUAACUAAAGAAUUAGUUUUUGAAUACUCAUUCUUUGUUGAUUAAUGAUAGCAUUGUGUCAGUAACUUCUAAUUUAGUGAAUAAUUUGCUUAAUUGUGAUGAAUUUACUUUUAUAAAUCCAUAACAUGGGAUUUAUGAAUCUGUAAAACAUACUUUUCAAAUUUUUAAUCAUGAUGAAUACCUUGAAGAUUUAAUUUCAAUAACAACAAAUAUUAAUUUACUUACAGAAAAUUAGAGUAAGCUAUUUGAAAUGUUUUCACAAUAUGGUAGAACAUAUACAUUAAGAGUUUAGGAUGAAUUCUUUUUUUAUCAUUAAAAGAUAUAAAAGGAUAGUCUCUUGAAUUUAACUUUAGAAUAUAAUUGUUUUUAAGAAAUUCUUAUGUUAACUAAAUUAAUUUCUAAAUCAAUUAUUGAGUCUAGAGUAUAAUAAUUUAGUCCUAUUUAAAUAGGUAAUAUGAUUUUGGAUGUAGGAGUAGAAUUUGUUAGAUGCAGUAAGUAUUUAUUUAUUAAUUAAAUCAUAAAUUUGUUGAGAACUAAAUAUAAUAUUGAAAAAGCUGAAAGUGAAAUCUAAGGAUCAUAUACUUCUAUUCAAAGUACAAAUCCUUCUCCAUCAAAUAAACAAGUCAAGUUUGCUAAAAUUUAAUUCAAAGAUGCUUUACCUAUUGAAAUUACUGUUAUUGGUUUAAAUCUUAAUAAAAAGGAGGAUCUAUAAAUAUACAAAACUAUUUAGAAUUUAUACAAUAAAUAUUUAAAAUUUAUAGAAUUAACAUACGAUAGAAUUACAUUUUAUAAGUAUUUUAUAAAGUCAAAAGAUUCAAUAAUGCUUGAAUUUGAUAAAGAAGGUAAAUUGGCCUUUUUAUCACGACCUAUUCCACCUUCAUUGAGUCAUGAAUUUCAAUUAAAUUAUAUUCAUAGAGGUUAUUAUUAUUAAAUAAUUCAGAAUGAGAAAUUACUUCAAGAAAUAGAAUAACAUUUAGAAAAUUAAUGGAUUAUUCAAUAAAAUGAAUAAUUAUAUGAAAUAUUUUUGAAAGCUAGAAAUAAAAAAUUUAAAGGAUUUGCUAUUAUAUUUUCUGAAGGAUUCUUAUAAACAAGAAGUUUAGAAUUAGAAGCAAAGAAAAUUAAAUUAAGAUAAGAAGCUACAUAAUAUUUAACUAAUCUUGAAUAUAAUAAUCCUGAAAUAAAAAAUACAAUUUUGUCAUUUUAUAUGCCUUCAUCAAUUUAAGCUCCAAAAGUACUUAUAAAAAGAAAAAAAAGUAGAAUGAAUGGUUUUAUUGAAACUGUUUAAAUAAAUUUAAUGGAUCCAUAAAGUCUUGAAAUUGAACCCAUCUAUAUGAAUCACAUAGAUUCUUUUGAAUUUAAUAUAUUUAAAAUAGAAAAUAAUUCAAUAGAAAAAUAAAGAAUGGUUUAUUAAAUAUUUUAAAGAAACAAUUUUAUUGAAAUAUUUGAUAUAGAUAAAAAUAGAAUGUGUGAAUUUUUAAGUGAAUUAGAAUAUAGAUAUGAUAAACGAAGAAAUCCAUUUCAUAAUUAUAAUCAUGGAGUUAAUGUAAUGCAUAGUUGUCAUGUUAUCAUGAAUAAAAUGUUAUCACUUAAAUAAUAUUAAGAUAUAUUUGAUUAUAUUACAAAAUUGGCACUUAUUUUAGGUGGAUUAUGUCAUGAUGUUGGUCAUACAGGUAGAACUAAUUAUUUUGAAAUUAAUAAUUUAUCUGAAAAAGCUAUUAGAUAUCAUGAUAAAAAUGUAUUAGAAUAAUAUCAUGCAGCUACAGCACUUAAAUUAUUAUUGAGAGAAAGAAUGAAUUUUUUAAAGAAUAUUGAUUUUCGAUCUUUUAGAGAAAAAUUCAUUUAAAAUAUCAUAUUUACUGAUAAGGCUGAACAUUUUAAUUUACUUAAAUUUUUUGAAGCAAACAAUGAAAAAGAUAUUAAAAUUAUAACAGGUAUGAUUAUUCAUACUUCUGAUUUUACUGGAGGUUCUGCAAAAUGGCCAAUUUCAAAAGAAUGGUCUUUAAGAGUUAAUUAAGAAUUUCAAUCAUAAUAUGAAGAAGAAGGGAGAUUAGGAUUACCAUAAUAAUCAUUUAUGAAAGAUUUACAUAAAGUAAAAAUAUAAUAUAAAAAUAGAUGUCUGUAUUGUCAAAAUCAGAGAUAGGUUUCUAUAAAUUUAUUGUACGUCCCUUAUAUGUAUCAUUAUCUAAUUUUAUGGAUAAUUAACUUCAAGAUAGAGUAGACAAUAUUGAUGAAACAAUAAUUGAAUGGGAUCUACUGUCAUCUUAGGAUAAUCAAUAAUAAUGCUGA